UCAGCAGUUACAGACUCUGCAGCAAAGAUGAAACACAGCAUCUUUCCAAGUUUUGCUCUCAAGAAACUCGGCACCUUCGUCGCAAUCAUUGUGAUUUUUAUUCACACUGUUGUGCUCGACAGGGAUUUGAAGUGCAAUUGUGAGGCUCCAGGUCGCAGCUGCAAUUUCUUCAUGGCUAUGCCGUUCUUUAUUAUAUUUGUUGUCCAACUCUGGAUGGACAAGACGUUUCUGAGAGCCUGGAAAUACGCCUGUGCCUGUAAAUGUACCUGUGACCGUACCUGUGCCCGUACCUGGACCUGUAUCCGUGCUUGUAAAUGUUCCGCCUGUUUCAGUAGUUUUUGGGCUUUAUUGUGUUAUAUCAUCAAAGCAGGGUUCAUAGGUUCGAUUUGGGUCAUCUCUGUGCUGAUCGAUGGAGACUGGUGGGUUUGCUGUAACAGUGGUAAACAGUUGGCCUGCAAACCUCAACAAAACCUCACGGCUGAGGAUCACACAACCAUCACUGAACUGAAAAUCGAGUCCUUGAUCGCUGGCAUGUCGAUCCUCCUUGCUAUCCUGCUGGUUGCCUUUAUAUCAUCAUUUGUACCAAAGAACUGCUCUGAAGAAUCCAGGCGCUACAACAUGAAGAUUAAAUAUUACAGUGUGUUUUUGGACGAAGAGGAAAAUGUGCUGAAAGAAAAUUUGACAAAAUCAGCAAAAGACCAGUUGACUGAAAUCAUCAUUAACAACACAUGGGACAAAUGGUAUGGUGCUGCUGAAGAUGUGCUAAAGGAAUCUCCUGAACCAAGACUUUCUCAGCAACAGCAGGAAGACCUGACGAAUACGAAUAAGAAAGAAAAUACCCCUAGCAACAGCAACAACAAUGGCCAUGACAGAGUACGGAAGAAUGACACAGACUGUACCACAGGACAGCCAGGAGAAAAUCUCCCUCUUAUCGAGCGUCCUGAAGCAGCAGAAAUCCAGGAAAUGGAAACAGAAAAUCUCUCCUUCCAUCUGUCCACACACUCGUCCGUCUGUCCAUCCAGUUACACUGUACCUCUUCCUGCUACAUGUCCUCGGGGCAUUGACACCAGCUCAUGAGAGAAACUAAGGGGGACGAUGAGGAUCCAGGUUCAUCCGGCGUGCAGUAAAGAUGUGUCGGCCAUGACGGUCACGUUGUCGCCAUGUUUUAAUCUGUUCUUAUGUUUAUCAGUUGAUUUGGAGCUGUGCUAUGUAACGAGGGUUUAAAUGAAAUGUCUCUACUGUGAUUCAUAUUUUCUGUAUUUGUGUUUUAAUGACAUUUUUCACCUUCAUCAGAUCAAUGUGUUUUAGCUUUUACAGCUUGUAACGUUAGCUAAAGUUAGCAUGCUAACAUUCAGAGUUUCAUCUGUAUUUCAUUGCUUAAUAAACGAAUGAUAUUCCCAUCA